AUGAUUGCUCAACGUCUUUCUGAGAUUCCUGUCACGGCACUCCCCGCAACACGCAUAGACAAGGCCGAUGUCUUCGAGCUCACAGUGAAUGUCUCGUGGUUUGAAGCGUUGAAGUACAUGGUGGAAAAGCGCAUCUCAGCAGUACCUGUAAAGGACGGCGACUCGUACAUAGGGUAUAUUGACCGCUUCACCUUCGUGCAUUGGGCUGCGCAGUAUGCAAAGAAGAGUAUGGCGCAACAGGGGGAACACUCCAUGGGACCGGCAACACCGAAGGCCAUCAGCGAUGAAAUCACCCAGAUCUUUACCACACACCCAUUAACACAGUUCGAGCGCACCUGCUUCCACCCUAUGGUUCUUAUUAAAGAGACCGCAACGGUUAGUGACGUGGCAGACUACCUCAAGAAGCCUGGUGUGUACCGCGUCUAUUUAACCACAGAGGACGGUACCAUAUCGGGGGUGGUGACUCAGCAAAACUUCUUUUCAUGGCUUGUCAAGCAGGAGUUUGUCAAGGAGAACCCUAAGUACAAAGCUGCCGUAAUCAACGACCUCGUAAACAUGGCUGCAGAGCACAAGAAAACCAAGCAAUCCUAUCGCACAUUUGAUCUGAACGAUAAGACGUACACUGCUAUCACCUCACUGAAGCGCAACCCCGACGACAAAGGGAUGGCAGAUGGCUGCGUCAUGCUUGGCGAGGACGACCUCUUGGUUACAGUCCUUAGAAGGAGAGACCUAGACAUCCUUGCCAAGAUCGAUGAUCUCACUGUGCUUUGUGCUCCACUUAAUCGAAUGAUCUCCAUCGUUCGCAACACUGAAAUCAACUGCACCGUCACUGCAAUUACUGUUAGCACUGCUACUCCAGUGGAGGCUGUUGCCAUGCGCUUGGCAAUAUCUCGCUUUGAGCACGCCUUUGUGGCGUCUGCAAGCGCCACCACCUGGCACGACAUCCAAGACAUCAUCACCGACGGACGAAUCAUCCGAUUUAUCCUUUCUCUCUAG